AUGUUAGAUAUGCAGCCAAGCACGUUUGAGUCGCACGGACGGCAGAUCUUCGCACCCAGAGUCGGAUUGCAUGACAUGGAUACAGCAUUCACCCUUGUCAGCGACUCCGACAGCAAGGGUGGUGUGGAGUUCAGCUUCUUGGAGAACACUGGCUGGGCGAUGUCAUUGGAAGACGUCGUCACAAACUUGGAGCUCCAGAGUCCCAAAGGAUCGGUGGAUGCACCAAUCCUUGACUUUAUCCACUGGCUGAAUGCUCUGCAAAAGCUUGUGACGACGUCUUCAUGCAGCGGUCGCAUUGCAAUUUUUCAUGGGUCAGCGGAUGCCUCAAACUCCAAAGGUGGUGAAUGGCUGAUGAUCAGCCAUGAGACUCUGCCGGAUGCACAAAAGGCAUGGAGAGAGUUGUGUUCUGCAUUGGAUGCACAUGCUGGUGCAGCAUCUGACGGCACGCUGACCUCGCUGCUGUUGGAGCCGUUCGUCCUACACGCAGAAUGCGCCGAUGUAGCCACAGCUCAGCAGAUUUUGGGUGUCGCAAGGGAUUCCGGAUUUCGUGAGAGUGGGGUAAGCUUGGGUCGCAAGCGCGUGACAGUGCAAAUCCGCACGGUGGCCAUGCGACUCGAAGUUCCACUUGCGCUUAACGCAUCCCUUCUAGUGGAUUGCCAGUACUUUCAAAGCUUGCUGAUGCUUGCAAACAGCCGCCUCGAUGAAAAUGCUGCACGUGUGGCACGCUUAUGGAGGAAUCUGCGAGAGGCCUUGGCUGCGAGCCCGCAGCCAGCCGGAGAGCCUUGGAUUGUAGUCUGUCCUCAGGCAUGUGCCCGGUCUAUAAAGUUGGCUUUGGAAGCCCGGGGCUGGCUGGACGAAUCGCGAAAGAUGCAGAAUUACGAGGCUGAAGCCGCAGAAGCGUGCAGAUCGAUUGGCAUCCCUCUGACGGAGGAGGCUGCAGAGGCAUUGCUAGCCAUUGCGGAAGCUGCUUCGGAGGAGGCGGAGGAAGUCAGCCGGGCGGCUGCACCAAACGGAGUUGCGGCCGGCGCAGACCGGGAAUUGACAGAAGCGUUGCCCGACAAUGGCUUGGAAAUUGAUGCGGCCGCAGCAAAGAAAAAACGUCCUCCAACGGUAGCUGCAAACUUGGAUGAGCUCUGGAGACAGCGGUAUAGCGAGCUGAAGGUUUUGCAGAGCAACGCGCUUCCUCAGAAAUCGAAACCUUCUGGAAGCACCCGCAUGUCUCUGACAGAUCAGGCCAAGAUAGGGGAGGCCAUCCAGUGUCUAAUCCAAGAGCUGACCGCCCAAGGUCAUGCUGCGGCUUUCGACCACAUUCUUCAGGAUGUUCGCAAGCUGCCUGCGCUCCAGUGGCGUGGGGAUGUUGCGCUGCUCCCACGGGGUAGCUUGACCGGCACAGAGUGGGAUAAUUUGGAGCGGUCUGCAGAAGGCGUGAGUGGAGGCUUGUGGGAGCGCGUGAGGACAGCUGUUGAUGCCCGGCUCCUGUGUCGGCAGCAGGAGAUUCGCGUGGACGACGUGGUGCGCGGAGGCAACGUGCAGGUUUUGGCUGGCUCUGGAAGCGGUUGGGUACUGGUGCCUGGGCCAAAAAGCGUGCGCUACGCAUUCGACAUUACGAAAUGCAUGUUUUCAGAAGGCAACUCCGCAGAGAAGGAGAGGGUGGCCUCAUGGCCAGUGGAAGGAGAAACCGUUCUGGACAUGUACGCGGGCAUUGGCUUCUGGACGCUCCCACUUCUAGUGGCUGGAGCAGCGAGUGUCAUCGCAUGCGAGUGGAAUCCGGAUGCCUUAGCUGCCCUUCACGAGGGCCUUCGCCUGCUUGGCGCUGCAUUAAGUGCACGCUGUAAGGUGCUUGCUGGAGACAAUCGCAGAGAGGAGGUCAUCGAAGAGACAUGUGGCAGAUGCCACCGCGUUAUUCUGGGCCUGAUUCCAUACAGCCGCGACGGCUUUCCCGUGGCCGUGAAGGCCUUGCUCCCUGCAGGUGGCUUGCUGCACGUACACUGGAAUGCUGCCGUGGAUGCAGAGGCAGCUACAUCACAGGAGGUGGCCAAAGAGGUGCAGGAGCUCCUGCAGAAGAUCCGCGGGCCAGAUUGGCGAGCUGAUGUCGUUGGCAUUCAGCGCAUUAAGUCUUUCGCUCCGCGUGUAAGGCACUUGAGGAUUGAUGUGCACUGCCGGGAUCAUCUGACUGCCACCUUUGAUGCCGUCCUGAUUGUGCAGAGAAGUCUGGAGCUUUUCCUCGGGCAGCGACAGGAGAUUUUCUGGGCCGCUACUGUCCGAGGCACACUGGACAAGGAGGAUGCUGAUCCAGUCGCCGAUUGGUUGGACGGGAUCAUCCAUCCGGAGUCACUUGACGAACUUCCUUGGGACCUGGACGAAAGGAGGCAUGCCUUGGCGCAGGCGAGCGCCAGAGAAGUGAGGCUGCAGAUGGCAGACGUGGUGGUUUGUUCGCACCCAACAUUGCUUUGCAUUUUUAUGGCGGAGGUUCUCCCGAAGCCCAUCGUAGUUCACGCCUCGUCGACGUUACUUUAUGGGGUGCAUUGUCAAGACUGCAGCCAAGUGGCAUGGUACACAAAUUUGCGCCACUAUGGUGGUGCUCUUCCCGCGCAGAGGUAUUUGGAGCUCACACGGCAGAACCUUCUGCAGAACCAGGACUUGGUCUUCAUUGCGGAGGGACGCUUCCUGGCGGAGCAGGUCCAGCACCAGGUGAGAGUGGACAUUCCAUGGGUGCCACCAUUGGCCCUUUACACCGCUGCAGGGAGCUGGCAGGGCAGCCGCUCUGGAGACCGACGUGCCGUUGUUCUGAGGUCCCGAUUCUUCGUGUCCCUGAUGGGCGAGCUGCUGCGCUCGCUUCUCCGCGAAAUUGUGUCCAUCAACUUACCGAAGCAUCCACUCGAGGUGGUCUUCCUUGGGAAGGAUAACCAAUUUGACGAGCAAUGGCUGUCCCUGCAACAGUUGGCCAGCUUUGAUGUAGCCAUCCUUUGGCCAAACGACUUGCACCAACGGACCUUCCAUGAGGCUUACCGAAUGGCUCUUCCCUUGCUAAUGCCGGACUCAGCUUGCCUCUUCAGAGCACAGCGUAUGUCCAACUGGGGCUACGCAUCCUAUGGUGCAAACACCGUCGGUCUCGACGUGGCUCGCGCCUCUACAUCUAGGCAUCCUUUCCCACCUUGGUGGAACUCCUUUAAUGCCACGCCAAACAUCGUUUCGUACUGGGCACAGUUCGCAGACUGGGAGCAGCUGCCCUACAUCCAGCGCUUCGCCACACUGCCAGGUCUAGUUGUGCAAGCUUUGUCUAUGGACUUGGCGCACAUCAGCUCGAAGAUGCUGGCGCAUCAUCUGCAGGUUGCUAAGGCUGCCCUGGACUUGGUCUCUAGGCAGACCGCUUCGCUUGGCAGCAGGUAUCUCAAGCAGAAGCAUGCAGAAGCACGGUGGGCCAUCUCUGGCCUCGCGCACGUAAAGCCUCGCAAUCCAGUGUUCUGGGCCUUUGCCACGGGGCAAGGUGCUCAUGUCGCUGAUGAAGGGCUCUUCUGCAGUCACUUGGUCCACCAGCAGCCAACGCUAGAACAUCGGACUAUCUUCCCUCGGAACUUGCCCUUGACCUGUAUUGUCUGGUAUACUGUCACUCUGCCAGGAGCUGCUGAAUACCCCGGAACUCAGUAUCCCAACAGAGUCAAGUUGCAGUUCUUGGGCUCGGCCAUGGCGAAUCUAGAGGUGCUGCGCUCUGUGCUCAAAUCUGAUUUGCCAGUUGAGUUUUGGCACGCCUUUGAACUGGAGCCCAUACACUGCGAGUUUUUGGCCCUCCGGGGUGCAGUGUGCCGACAGCUACAGGUUCCGGGGGUCUACCGACAGUUCGAGACGGUGCUGCCGUCCAUAAUGGCAUCCUCUUUUCAAGAGGUCCUCUGGCUGGACACAGAUCUCACCUUGCUGCAAAGACCAGAGCCACUCUUCGACUCGCUGCAGUAUCAAAGUACUGGAGCCUUGUUCUGGCCAGAUGCCGGGCUGCACGCGUUUUCGGGUUUGGGUGAAUCUGUUCAUGAUGGGCAUUCAGAAGCCCACUCAUCAGUAGUUGCCAGAAUCAUCACAGAUGAAUGUCAUGAAGUACAGCCUUCGCAUGGACACCACCCAGCUGACAUGUAG